AUGGCAUCUCAGCCGAGCAUAUACGAUGAAAGGAAUCGUCUUCGCCUCCGAGCCUGGGAACAGAGGAACCAAGAAACCAGCCAAGCCAAAGAACUCUGGGCUGAGAACGUGCCGCUUUUUGGGCACCCGUACAAAAUAAACAAAGGCGACGAGCUUUCACACAGGAUCCAGAGAAUGCUGGGAAGCUUCGAAGACGCGGACAAUCCUGCGACAUCCCCCGCAAACUUCACCCAGUCCGACCGAGGACGGCCAAACUCGGAUAGGUCCGACAAACCUCCCGUCCUAGACUCAGACGGUCAGAUAUCGAGCCGAAACUUCUCGUGUAGUAGUUACGUCUUCCAGGCGACGAGGGAAAAAAAGCCUUCAUCUCCAAAUCACCGCGGCAGCGUCAAGUCUUCACUAGAUCAACAUAAGCAGGUAGAAACUUUGUCGGACUGGGUGGAAAAUGCUAGAAGUCCUCAGGAAAGGGUCACGCGGUCUCCGGAUGGCUGGCCGAUAGUUUUCCCAAAUCCUAGCGAGCCGGUCGGUGCUACAGACCGCUUUGAGCCACGCCGAGAGUCCGCGUCGACUUCCGCCACGGCCGACAUUUCUGCGAUUAACCCCAAGCAUUCGCCAGCGGACCCUUCUCCAUAUCAGGCCGGCAAAAGCGGCCAUUCCCUGCUCUCGCAGAGCUUCCCUCCGUUGUCCUCGUCCAAGCCGCCCAGCGUAGUCGCGAUGCAAAAGCCCACAGCUUACGUGAGACCUAUGGACGGUCAGGACCUGCUGCUCGGUGGCUCGCCAAAUUUGAAACCUUCGACUGAGCCACAUGUACCUCUGCAGGAGAUCCUCAAGCCUGAGCGCGCAAAGACCAAAAUGCUGGAGACGAAAGCAAAUGAAGGUGUCUGUGUGCAAGCCAUUUUAAAGGAGAUGACUCACUCUUGGCCUCCUCUCCUGACAGCCAUACAUAUCCCCAACUCUGAUGGUUGCCUAACUAAGGUAGUUCAGCCCCGCUCUCAGAAGUUGGGCAAGUCUCUUCAUGUCCAGGAGGACAAAAAAGCCACCAACACUCUCCCGGCCACCUUGACACGCAAAGCUCCUCGCUAUCGUGAGUCCCGAAUAACUCCUGCCACAAAUAUGCCCAAAGAUGGCCAUGACCGAGCGAGCGAUAUUAAGCUAAUUUCGCACAAAGAGGCUCAUUCCAGUGGCGCGGAGUCCGCCAGCUCCGGCGACUCCGACGGCAGCUGGAGAUCCGAGUCGGACGGCGAGAGCGUCGUCAAUGAGCCUGGCGGACCGCCGGCCGCCGGCAGUAAAACAGAGUGUGAAGCUGUGGCAUCGCGUAGCGACUGGCAGUUGGGCAACUGGAUCCCGUCCGGUCAAAAGAACCAAAGCCGAGGAGUUGGCGACGUCUUCUGCGAGAACUCCGGCCGCCAACGGCAGCCCGGCUUUAAAGCCCUUCCCGCAGAGGCCGGCCGGCCAACGGAGCGUGGCGGAAACCCUCCGAAAGUGCGACCGCGCGGCCGGAGUUCUCACUGGCGCUCUCCGAACGGCGCCGGCGGGCUUAUGUUGUCGGAGGAUGGUGUCGAAUGUGCGGAAGAUUUAGCGGGUAAAGUUGCCCCUUUCUCAGACAGACCCAAAGUUAAAAUGAAAACGGGACGGCCAAAGAACGCUAAGAAGAGCGAGAGGACUUUCGAGAGGGCGGACGCGCAAAAGACUGAAUCUGGGCCCGAGGUGGCCCGACGCGAGGCCAAGCGUCAGUCUCGUCCUAUUCCCACCGACACUCCACCAGUUGUAAUUGGCGGUAGCAAAGCCGACGAGGGAGCCAAAACCAUUCCGAAAGCGCCGAGCCGACGCGAGAUGUCGGGGGAUGUCCUAAAAUCGUUUAGGGACGUCCGCGCCGUGCUCGCUAGGUGCCUACUGGUAAAAAUAGACCUCGGUCUGCUCUCAAGAAUUCCUCAGGUGACACCUGAGCGCGCAGGGACCCGAAAGCACCCCAAAGCCAGCGACGCCGCCCUACCUCAAAUUGUGAAGACGGAUGACAAGGCUCUGCCCAGAAAGAAGCGGAAAGUGGAGAAAAAACCCAUGACUUCAUCUGAUAAGGACUCUUCAGUUCAAGUGGAGAAUGGCACCGCCCGAUCAGAAGAUCAGCAGCACGACAAGGCCAAGAAAAAACGGCUUGACUUGCAGAAAACCCCAAACAACACGGGUAAAGACCCAAAGGCGCGCAAAGGAUCUCGUGCGGCGGAGCCCCGCAAGGAUACGCUCAAGAGAAAGGGCUCCUCCGAGCACGAGAGCCGCCGUGCAAAGCGCGCGAACACAGAGAAGUUGCCGUCUGUCCGGCCCUCUAGGGAAAUCAAGACCUCCAGAGCCUUGCUCAAAUCUGAAGAGCGGCGGUAUCCAGUGAAGCACUACAUCAAAGAGGCCAAACGACUGAAACACAAAGCAGAUGCAGAGUCUGAUAAACGCAGCAAAGCCUUCAACUACCUGGACGCCGUGAUGUUUUUUGUGGAAAGCGGCAUCGUCAUGGAGAAGGACCCGCAGAUUUCCACGUCUUCCUACACCAUGUUUGCCGAAACGGUGGAGCUCCUCAAGUUUGUGCUGAAGCUUGUAAACUCCACAGACAUGACCGCUCCGCCCCAACAGAAGGACUUUGUAGCAUUAUGCCUGAAGUGCCUGUCUCUCCUGCAAAUGGCCAUGUUUCGCCACAAGCGCAACACUGCCUUGAAAUACUCCAAGACUCUGAGCGAGCACUUCGACAAUCCCGCACUUGAGUCUUCUGUCCAUAAUAUUAAAGGGCCGCACACACCGUCCCUUAUCCCCGGCGUCCCGUCCCCGGCCUGCGGCGGCAACGGCGGCGCCGUGACCGUUCCUGUCGCCGUGGAGCAGAUGACCGUCUCCUAUGUCAACAUCACGACAUUAUUCUUGAAUGCUCAAGAAAUGUGGGAACAGGCAGAGCAGAUGGCAAGAAAAGGCAGCGGUCUUGUGGCAGAGCUGGAUGCUGCAGUGGGCCCUUUGAGCCUGACUUGUAGCGUGAGCUCCAUGGUGCGUUACACUCAACAGGGCAUGGCGUGGCUACGACUGGACAACAACGAGGCUUGA